AAGAGUUUCGAUAUUUGCGGUCUGCGCGGUAAUGAUUGUGUACUGUGGUAAUUUUUGCGACGUUGACAGCCGUAAAGCCAUGUUUUACGCCACUGCUGUAGGACGUGCAACGCACUACUGUUUCAAGAAGUGUAUGAAGUAUCUUACGGAUCUGCAUUACAAGCCUGACGCUAACGUAAUUUUUGAGGUAAUUGACUUCUAUUGCACGACCGGAGCAUUCUGUGCGGAAGGUGUCUCAAGAGAAGACGUGCCCAAGAUUGCAGAAUGCCUUAUGGACCACGUCGUGGCAAACUGGACUAAGAUCCACCUGUUCGACGACCAUGACAUCGAACGCGCAAGGACAGCAAUGCGGUGCCUGUACCCGGUCCUGCCCAACUGGGAAGUCACCAUGUACGUCCGAGAGUACUUUCAAAAAAUUAUAGGAUAG